AUGUUGCCGUUUAACGAAAGGGAAACAAGUCUGGUCAAGGACAACAUAUGGCUGAGGUUAAGUGUAGGAACGAUCCGAUUAGACGACGUGCACAAUUCUUCUCAAUCUGGAUUUCUUAUCUUUGCAGACACGGUGGUUCUGUCAGGAACGCAUUCUUAUCCAGGAAAGCAUGUUGGUGUUUUCUGCAGAACGCUGAUUCUCGAAACAACUCACGCGAUCAUCGAUGUCAGUGGUACUUCUGGCUCACCUGCGGCUGGUAGGCAAGAUGGUUCAGACGCAGGUACAAUAGCAAUUUACGUUCAAGAACUGCAAACGAAGCAAAUUGGAAACCAUCCGGUGAACAGCGAGGCCCAAGGACUUUUUCUUAAGGCGAAUGGCGGCAAUGGAUCGCAAGUUGUUGGAUCAACCGACGCCGGCAAGGGAGGGAGAGGCGGCGAUACUAACUUCUUCUUCGGCCAUUCUGCUGUAAGCCUCCAGGAGGGUAUUACGUCGCGAAUAUCACAGAAGAGAUAUGGAUGGGUUGCUUUGGCAGCAUAUACUCAGCUGGCUUUAAGCCAGCAGAUAGACUACCUCAAGGAGGCAACGCCAACUGCGGAGCAGUACUAUACGCUCAUGACUGCAUAUCUGCUUGACAAUGCAACUCUGGGUAGUAAACUCGAGCCGACUAGAGUGGCUUUGGUUGCAGCCUUAGACUACUACAAAAAGCAGGAAGAAACAACUGAUCCUAAGCUUCUGAUAUCCAUUCAAGGUCUUGUUGCUGCCAUAAAAGCCCUGAGCGCUCAGCCUGACAUCUCAGUUGCUGAUGUCGACACCAUCAAAACCGCUGAUCCUUUCACUUUCUUGGAUGCAAGUUUUGGUACGCUAGACAAAGUGAAAGUGUUCAACCCGGCCAGUGACACAGUCGCCAAGCUCGAUAGCUAUGCCAAAGUCAUGAAAACAAACCCACUGGCCGCGAACUCUGGUGAUGCACUCGAGGCAUCAUCAUCUAUUGCUCGUACAACCAUGAUUGAGGUCAGUGGUGGAAUGAGCAGUGAUGCUAAUAAACAGAAACCCGGUACGCCUGGCGUGAGUUCUGCUAUGGCAGUAACACAAGCGACAGUAGAAACUCCUCUUCCAUUGUGGCUACUACAUCCAGAUCAAUGCCAGAUGAUGCUCACAGUCGCGGACAACCAAUUUUUCAGCAACAAUGCGGAAGAUAUCGUCAAGGCAGCCAAUGUUUACAGAGCUCUACAAACACAGCAGUCAUACUUCAAACUUGAUCAAUUUAGCCCGCCAUCGGCCAAUUUAAAGGUUCAACGCUCGUGGAAUUGGUUCGAAAACGCGUGGAGUGCACUUUCUUUCAAUGGGGAUACCCAACUGAGAGCGGUUACGAGCAAUGCUUCCAUUUCUCUGUCUCGACUUCAAGCAGGUCAAGACUUCUUUGGAAAUGCACAGAAAUGGGCUCCACGACUGUCCUACAAGUUCUAUGCUGGCCUGGCUGAUGACCUCAAAGCAGAUGUUUCAAAAAUGGAAGAAUACGUUGUAGCUUACGAGGAAGCUUAUAAGUCGAAUUCAGAGGCAGAAUCAGUUCUUGCAAAUGCCAUUGAGACUAGCUCGCGACUUCAGAAUUCGGCUAAUACCAAAAUUGCAUACUUACUGGACCGUAACGGUCCUAUUCGCAGUGCAGAAAGCAAGAUCGCUUCGAUGGGACCGCUCGUUCGAGCAGCCAAGAGCCAAAUUGGUGGCAAACUGGUCACUGUCGCUAAUGAUAUCCGAAAUCAUAUCAAUAUGGAUCCUCAAAUCUUUAUCGAUGCAAUGAGCAUGAUAGCGAUGGCGCCACACAAGAGCAUGAUGGUGGCUGAAGCUGUUUCUACCGGUUACAAGGCGCUCACGACUGUCAAAGGUGCUGAUGGUGUCAGUGUAAACAAAAGCUAUGUCAUUAAUGAGCUCCGUGACACCGAUGGCAGCCUCGAAAGGCUGAAAGAGGGAUUCCAGACGCGUUCGGAUGGAUAUCUCGAGAUUGACGAUCCUGGUGCCAGUAAAUUGCUGAUCAUUCAGAGCGAUCUUGAUAAACUUAUGAAGACGUUCAAAUCUGCUAUACCAGAUAGCGCCAGCAAAGAUCUCGACGCUGCUCUGAGUAGCUACAUUUCGCUUGUUCUGGAACGCAAUGGGGCUGUCAUCAAUUACAACACCAGUCUGCUGUAUCUUGCUCAAGCUGUGGAAGAUCGAGAUGCCAGUGUGCAAAGUCUGCAGGCAUAUGGCUCUCAGCUAAACAAGAUUGAUAAGUCGCUUCAGUCGCCCUUUUAUCUAUUACGGCAAAUGCUCCGUAGGCAUCAAUUGCUCGUCUUGGACAGCUUGACCUGCUGUUCUCAAUCCCUCCGGCUGUGGGGACUGCAAGAAGAGUCCCGCGUCUGGAGUCAAGAUUCUGGUCUCCCUACAGUCGUCGAGUUAUAUCAAUGGAGGACUGAACUUGAGCAGAGCUUCAAGACACUACUCGGGACACGCUUCGGUGGUCUUGCAACGAAUUUUCACUACGGCUCAGAUGCGAUAUGGCAUAUGCUUGAACCUGGCGAAGUGGAAGCUCUGAAGGAAGCAAGUUCAGUGGAUGUCGCUAUAAGCCCUGGCGCUGAGAAGACAAAGUCGGUGAAGAGAUAUGCCACAACACUAGGCUCGUUGAAAAGCGCACUCGCCUGGUCUAUCACUGAGCCCAGCUCUUCAGCAUUCUAUUCUUGCAGUGAUUUCCGCGUCACAUCCGUUAGCUGUUUCAUUGAGGGUAUCAUAAUCGGAGCCAAGCCACAUUCAGCAGUGUUGAACAAGCCGGUAAAGAUUAGAUUGCAGCAUUUCGGUGACGACGCCUUUGUUCGCGAAGAUGAUUUUCGAAUUGAUUUUAGUAAUAGCGGUGUCCUCUAUACUCCAUCAUACGACACGUCCAAAAUCCAUACAGCCGACGAAUUCGCAGCACAUCUCGAACGUAAAUCUGCAAAGGUCUGGGAGGCGGAUAUCCUAAAGCCGGUUGGGUAUGAUGGUCUGCUAGUACCGUUAGGUCCUUUCGCGACUUGGGAAAUUAGUUUACAUGAGUUGCAUAAUACUAACCUUGAUCUUAGCAAGGUUACACAUGUUUGGAUUGUUUUUGAAGGCACGAGUGUACCGUUUAGAAUGUAG